CUUCCACAGGGAGCUGUCACAAGCUGCACUCUUUUCAAUGUCUUCAUCAAUGACAUAGCCAAAUUGGUACAGACAGUCACGGACAUCAAGUGCUUACUCUAUUCAGAUGAUCUUAUUCUAUGUUAUUCCGCUCCUAAGAAAAACUUUCAGAAAAACGCUCAGAAGAGGACAGAAAGCCCCCAAACUAAGAAAAACGCUAAGGAGAGGACAGAAAGUGCUCUUAGGUGUGCACUUAAACUACUAGCAAACUGGUGCGACAACAAUGGAAUGGUAAUCAAAACCGCGAAAACUGCAUUCCAAACAUUUUCUUUGCCCCGUCACAGCAUAAACACGCUUCUAAGGUACAAGGAUACUACCCCAGAAAGAACCAAUGAGUUCACCUAUCUUGAAAUGUCGUUUAACACAAAGCUAACGUGGAAAAGUCACAUUAAUAAAAUAGCAGAACGAGUCUCCAAUAGAUGGAAUGUACUGAAGCGUCUUGCUGGUAGUGUAUGGGACUUUGCACGCUCAACUCUCAACACCACUUGCAAGAUGUUUAUUCAGUCAAUAAAGUUAUAUUUAUUUGUUUCAAAUGGCAGGCUGACAAGUAUUCUCUUGGCUUCUCACGUCAUGGCCGAGUCACAGCAAACACUUUAUGAAGCUAUCACUCGAAAUGACAUUGAUUCUGUGAGAUUUCAACUGGCAAACAAUGUCAAUCCAAAUGUCUUCCCCAAUAAUCCGACAAUUACACCACUCAUUUUAGCAGUUGGGCUAAAGUUCCUUGACAUCGCAAAUGAAUUAUUGAUGAAUGGAGCUGAUGUGAAUGGGGUUGAUGAAUUUGGACGGACUGCGUUGCAUGCUGCAGUGGACAAUAAUGAUGAGGCUUCCGUCUCUAUUCUUAUUUCACAUAAUUGCAAUUUAGAAAAAUAUAACAAUGGUGGUGUAACUCCUCUUACGUUGGCUGUGGAGAAAAAUAACAUCCACAUGGUUCGCUAUUUAGUUGCAAAUGGAGCAGUGGUUUAUAAAUAUUUGGAAGGACCCGAAAUCCCACCGCUUCCUUUUGCUGCAUCCGCCAACCGCUUGGAUAUCCUUCAAUUCUUGGUGAAUGUGGAAGAGACAGAUAGAGAAAAGAAGAAAAUGAACAUGAACUUUGCACUCUGCUUGGCCAUCAAUGAUGGCCACAACGAGGCAGCAAUAUUUUUAAUUAAUAACGGUGCUCCAAUAAGUCGUAGGCAAGGGAAUUGUUUAACCCCUUUGGAAUUUGCCAUUAUUGGAAGAAAUGAAUACAUGGUCUCAUAUCUUCUUUCUCGCAAUGCCUCGGUUAGCGAUACAAACCACCAUGGCUUCACUCCGCUUAUGACGUCUAUCAUUUUUAACAACUCUUAUGCAGCAGCACAGCUACUUUGUUAUGGGGCGGACCCGGAUGCGCUGGCAACUGGCUUUAGAACAACAGGAGAACAGGUUGCAAUGGAUAUGAGGAGGGUAGAAAUUGCCCAAAUAAUUUCAGCGUGGAAAAACGAGUUCAUGCCAUCAAUGUUUGAAGCUUGCACAGAGAGCAAUGUUUAUAAAUAUUUGGAGGGACCCGAACUCCCACCGCUUCCUUUUGCUGCCAUCGUCGGCCGCUUUGAUAUCCUUCAAGAGACAGACAGAGAAAAGAAGAAAUUGAACAUGAAUGUUGCACUCUUCUUGGCCAUCUAUAAUGGCCACAACGAUUGGAUAGAGCUCAAAUGUUGUGCUGGAAGUGUAUGUGAAGGUGACGAUGCUGAUGAUGAUGAUGACGAUGAUGAGAUUGCUGAUGUGAGAGGAAUGCUCGAGAAUACCAUGUCCGCGAUGCAACAAACACUUUAUGAAGCUAUCACUCGAAAUGACAUUGAUUCUGUGAGAAUUCAGCUGACAAACAAUCUGUGA